CAAAUGCUGGAAUUUUGAAAUUCCUUCUGUUGUGCUUUAUGUUUUCUUUUUUCAUCAUUUAGGUGCAGGAAACAGUCAUUAGUAUGAAAAUAAUUAUGCAAUUUGUGAAUUUAUAUUAGAGAACAAAUAGUAGAUGAUACUGAAAGAGAAGAUUGAUUAAGAUAAUAUUUAGGAUGCAAACAAGAAAGAGAAGAUUGAUGUACUUAUAAAGUUGGAAAUGUCUCACUGACAUAGAAAAAGUAAUAUUCUUUUCUUGAGGUUGCUGAUGAUAUGCGAUCGCUUUUGUCUUCAACUAGUAGAAACUUAAUAAAUGAUUAGUUAGGUCCAUUUUCUUUAAACUUUAAGGAUAUUUUUAACAAACUUUGGCUAGUCUCAUCUGUUGACUUCACUUGAUUGAUACUGGUCCAUGGCAUGGGUUAUAGAUGGUGUCUGCCUGCAUAAAUGCUGUGAAGCUAAAGGUAUUGAAUCUUAAGAAACCUGAAGUAGUAAAUUAUUCUGGCAUCUCAUGUAUAGGUAACCUAUCUUGGUACUUGAUGCUUGGUACCUCACAUGUAUGGAUCACCUAUUCUUGGUACUUGAUGCUUGGUAUCUCACAUGUAUGGAUUACCUUUUUUGGGUGCUUAAUUAUUGAAAUUUCAGUUGUUAUUGUUGGACAAAAUAUUGGAAUUUCACUAUAUUUUGAAAAGAAAACAUAAGGUCUAUUCUGACUAAGAAAAAUUAACUAUAUAGGAGAAGACCCUAGGUUUGGAUAAAAGGUCAUUCUCUUUAUCUGAUUGAUAUCUUGACACAUUUAUAAAGCUUCCUAUAUGGGCUACAUCCUUUUGGUGCCUAUAUUAUAUUAUACUAAUUUUUAUUGUUAAGAAAACUUAUAUGGUAGAAUACCCAUGUUGGAAACGAACUACAUAAUAAAAUGUAUUCUGCAUUUCUAAAAAUUAUUAUGGGAAUAGUAUGUGGUCUAUAUUCCCUGAACACUAUUUAAUUAUUUAUGUAAGCUACCAGAUCUAAAAGCUUUGCAAGUGAGCACCGUAAAAAUUUAUACUUACAGUAGAAUUAAAAUAUGCACAUUCAAAGUAUUGGAAACACAGUCAUAAUGUUUUAUUUUAAGCUUAGGGUUAUUACACUUUCCAUGGUUUUUAGUUAGCUUCCUGGUGUAUGACAGUUCACCUGUGUCAUUUUGUUUCAGGAUUGAUUUCCAUCUUGUACAACUCUUCUUUGCUUGCAUGCCUUCUUUAGCUGUUUAUCUGGUUGCUCAGUAUGCACGCUCUGAAAUGAGGAAAAUGGAUGCAGAACUCGAGAAGAAGAAGCACGAAAAGGAUGAAAAAGCAAAAGAGAUAGAAUUAAACGUCGCCCAAGAAAAAGAAGCAGAGGGUAAUCAGGAGCUUCUGGAGGUGAAAGUAAGACUGGAUAAACUAGAGGCGGCUGUAAAAGAAAUUGUGAUUGAAUCAAAGAAAGAAUCAGAUAGCAGCAUAACCAAAAAGCAAGAAAAUUAUGGUGAGAAGAAACAGGUUGGACCAACGGUCAGUGAGAAUAAUUCAGCCUCAACCAAGUCUGGGAACAAAGAGCAACUGAUUAAAAAGGAAUCCGUUGAAAAAGACACCAAGCUGGAAAGAAGGAAAGAUUAGCAGAUACGUGGUAGUAGUUGAUCGUUCCCAGCAGGAUCAGAAGUCAAUGACUAAAGUGCAGGAGGGAGGGGAACGAUGGGUGGUUAUUCGCGAUUCAUGAAAAAAUCUGGAAGUAAAAUUUGGUAUGGAAAUGAAAUGGGUGCUUGGCGCAGGUUCAAUUUGCUUGUUGGAGGAUAUGUACGUCUUGAUUCUCUGUUCUUUCCAUCUUGCCAGCGAUUGAAAAGGAUGAACUUGGGAUUCACAAGGGCGUGGUGGCAUACUGUUUGACUGAUGAAAGUUAUUUAUAUCUUGUUUAGUUUAGAUUUUCUUUCUUUCCAAGCAUUUUUUGCUUGUUAGGAUCAAAUGGUUUAUUUUUAGUCCUUUUAGGCUCCGUUUACUAAACUACAAUUACUUUUAUUUCUUAUUUCUUAAUUCAUGCAUGCAUGGUAAUAUGCCAUUAUUUAGAAAA